GGGGUGGGCGAUGGGAUUUUUUCCGCCGGGGGAUGAUUUCAGAGCCUCGCGAAGCUGGAUUUUUGCGGGUGUGGUGUGGCAUGUGCGAUUGCGAAGGAGUUGUUGGAAUAGGACCCACGAACGGGAGUUGUUGCUGUUGUUGCAGUGUGGGGCGCAAGUAGAUGCGAUCGGAAUGUCGCCAUAGAAAAAACUGCAACGGGAGCGCGUGAGGCGGCCAUCGCGAGCCAGCAAUUGGCGGAGAGUUAUGUGUGUUUUUGGUUGUUGCAAGUGGAGAACGAGGUUGAGACCCGCCCGAGCCUUCGAUUCACGCGACUGUGGUGGGAAUGUGAGCUGAGAAGGGUGAAUUUUCGACGUCGGGGAAGGGGGUGAGAGUGUGGUGAGUCGCGCGUCGUGGUUGGAAGUGGUUGUGGGUGUUUUGAAGAUUGAUCGGGCGGGGGGUGGGUGGGGUGGGGAGAAGAGGGAGAGACAUGGGGGUGAGUGUGGCAGCAGCGAUGCUGGAAUGCGUAUUAGCCUCGGAGCCGUCGUCGCGGAUGCUGUACACGACCUCGCAAGUGAGAGUCGCCAACGCCGCGUCUGGAUGGAGGUUGGCUUGCUUUCCGAUGAGGGAUAGGAACAGGGGUAGCGUGGGGCGCUGCGAUGGUGGGGCUCGGAAGGGGAGGCGUCAGAGGAGCGUCGUUAGGGGUGCGGAGGUUGAGGAGCAAGGGCCCUCGGGUGUUGGAGAGAAGGACAGAAGUGUGAUUUUGGAAGAUAGCAAGAAAUUCCUGGCAAUGCAGAAGGAUUUGUUUGACCAGAUUGAGGAGAGGCAGAGCUUUUUCUCUUCUUCGUCAGACCAGUCUUCAGCUAGUGAUGGUACCGAACAAUCAAAUGUACCUCCAGCUAGCACUUCUCAGCCAACUGAAGAAGCUGCCGAUGCUUCCACUAGCACACAGACGGCCCCUUCCUCAUCAGGAAGAUCUCUAGCAGCCGCAUGGCCUUCACCGCCUCCUUCGAAAAGGUCUGGAAGGUCUGGGCGUGCUGUAUCUCAGGCAUAUACACCCCCAAUGACCAAUAGGCCUGUUGCGCCUCAGAAAGAAAGCACAGAUUUCCACAGUGAUCAUGGUCGUGUGGGUAACAGUGUCAAUGUAUCGGAGAGGCCCCAACCAGCUAAGACCGAAGCUGCGGGCCCUCUCGAACUUGAAAAACCACCUCCAUUGGCUGGACCCAAUGUCAUGAACAUCAUCAUCGUUGCUGCGGAGUGUGCCCCUUGGUCUAAAACAGGGGGUCUGGGAGAUGUUGUGGGUGCACUUCCUAAGGCGUUAGCUCGGCGAGGUCAUCGUGUGAUGGUUGUGGCACCUCGAUAUAGUAAUUAUGCCGAGGCAUGGGAAACAGGGAUACGAAGGAUUUACAAUGUGUCUGGACAGGAUAUGGAGGUUGGAUACUUUCAUUCUUUCCUGGAUGGUGUUGAUUUUGUUUUUAUCGACAACCCUAUUUUCCAUGCAUAUGCCAACAAUAUUUAUGGUGGAUCACGAGAGGAUGUGCUGAAUCGUAUGAUCCUACUCAGCAAAGCUGCUGUCGAGAUUCCAUGGCAUGUCCCUUGCGGUGGCGUGUGCUACGGUGAUGGAAAUUUAGUAUUUAUUGCCAAUGAUUGGCACACAGCGUUGGUGCCGGUUUAUCUGCAGGCGUAUUAUCGAGACAAUGGUUACAUGGAAUAUACUCGAUCUGUGCUCGUCAUUCACAACAUGGCUCAUCAGGGCCGUGGACCACUAAAAGAUUACGGAAAAUUGGGCCUACCCGACCAUUACAUAAACAAGUUUCGACUUUAUGAUCCACAAGGAGGAGAACAUAACAACGUCUUCAUGGCAGGCCUCAUUACGGCACACCGCAUUGUAACUGUAAGCCAUGGCUAUGCAUGGGAAGUACAAACACAGGAGGGAGGCUGGGGAUUAGACGGAGUCAUUAGGGACCACAACUGGAAGUUAAGAGGUGUAGUGAAUGGUAUCGAUGACAAAGAGUGGAAUCCAGAGCUGGAUGUGCAUCUUCAGAGUGAUGGCUACACCAAUUAUAACAGCGCGACUUUAGACACUGGCAAAGCUGCAUGCAAGGCCGCCCUGCAAAGAGAGUUAGGUUUGCCAGAGCGAAGUGAUGUGCCAUUGCUCGGAUUCAUAGGGCGGCUUGAUUCCCAGAAAGGAAUAGAUAUAUUAGCCCAGGCCAUGCCAUGGCUGAUGUCCCAAGACAUACAAUUGGUAAUGCUCGGCACUGGCCGCAAAGAUUACGAAGACAUGUUGCAGCACUUUGAGAGUGCACACCGAGAUAAAGUGCGUGGGUGGGUAGGUUUCUCUGUAAAGACAGCCCAUCGGAUUACUGCCGGUGUUGAUAUUCUAUUAAUGCCCUCCAGGUUCGAGCCAUGUGGACUGAAUCAGCUGUACGCAAUGCGUUACGGUACGGUACCAGUUGUCCAUGCUGUUGGUGGACUGAAGGACACGGUGCAGUCGUUUAAUCCCUUCAACGAAACGGGACUUGGAUGGACCUUCGAGACUCUAAAUGCGGAUGCAUUUAUUCAUGCCCUUGGAAAUGCCAUGUGGACCUACCACGAUUUCAAGACCAGUUGGAGAGGCAUUCAACAACGAGGCAUGUCCCAGGACUUGAGCUGGGACCACGCAGCUCAGCAAUAUGAGGAAGUCCUUCUUGCAGCUAAGUACACUUGGUAACCAACGUCUUGCAUCAUCUCUGCAUUGUUAAUCCCAGCAUCAAUUCUUAUGAAUUUCCUCUAUAUAGUCCCUGGCAACCUUCUUCCUCGCACCAGAUCUCAAUCAAUUUUGGACCUGUGAAAUUGUACUUGCAAAUAUUGAUGAUCUAGUUCUGAAUUUCCACCUCAAUACCGAAUCAGUUUUUGAGAUGGUUUUCAAUCCGUGUAGAGUGGUGGAUAGACUUUGUAAUUCUUUCUGCUUUAGAGGUGCCUAUGCAUCUACCAGCGUCUACCACAGACGGCUCCUUCGUGCAUGAAACUACCCUUUUUGGUUCUGCAGCAUCCUUGAGCUGCAUUUCUGAAGGUGGGUACUUCGCUUAAGUCCGUUACUGGGAAGGAUCAAAUUGAGCUCACGACACUGUACUGUAGUAUGAUAACGAUGUGCUACUGAUUGAAAUUAGUAGAAGGAUAUACUACUUCAGAAUGGCCCGAGGAGGUGGCAUUUAGGCUUCUUGUUAUUACACACGUCUGAAAGUGCAUUCUUUUAACUUGUAAUGCGAUCUUUCAACUUUUUCGCAGCA